UGAUUAAAUGCCAAUGCAACGUGCUCCAUGUGCCAUCAGCCCAUGCUGAGUCAGCGAUCUGGCCAAUGAACUCCGAGUCUCCGCUCCAAGUCAUCCGGCUUCGGCCACCAAUGAACGGGCGCUCCGAGCGACCCGAGUGGGACCGCAUCUCACCAUUACAUGAUUGAUGAUGGAGGUUCAGCGACCUCACGAUACAACCUCCCCUAUCCCCGUCUCACUACUGCCUGCUCAGCCGCCGGAGCUUAGGUGCACCCUUCGUCGUCGGUAUACUUCUUUUUUGUGGCUGAGUACCUCUAUCGGGCCCCUUUAUCCAUGAUGCCUCGGUGGAAGCGCAGUAAAGCACGCCCCGAGAAAGAUGCAGCGACCGGCGGCGGCGGUUCUGGUGCACCCUCCGACUCUCCUACUGCCCAUUCCACUGCCGUGGCCUCCCUUCGCGCUGUUAGUGGUAGCUCUCCCGAUGCGAUGAGAACUACAGCAGUAACCCCGAACCAGGCACCAUCCGACCCGGAGGCAAUUCGAAAGCUGGCGAAGCAGCACGCCGAAUUCGGACCCCUGGGCGAUCCAUCGCAUCUCUAUACGAGCGAGCACCCCGGUGGAGAAAUCCCUGAUCCAGUCAUUGAUGAGCCUCCGUACUUCUUUGUUUUGACAACGUACAUAAGCUUUCUUGUCCUGAUCUUCCUCGGUCACUUUCAUGAUUUUAUGGACAAAUGGUUCCGCUCUCAUACCUACCGGCACUUGAGGCCCCAAAACGGCUAUGCUUCAUUGUACAGCGAUUUUGAGAGCUUCUAUACACGACGUUUGAAGCAAAGAAUUAACGAUUGUUUUGAGAGGCCGAUCAUUGGUGUCCCGGGCAGACAUGUAACUUUGCUUGAUCGGACAACGGAGGACAACCUACAUUUCAGCCUUACGGGAACGACUACUGAUACGCUGAAUCUCAGCUCUUAUAAUUACCUUGGCUUUGCUCAGUCGGAAGGUCCAUGCACCGACUUUGCUGAGGAAACACUCCGGCGGGAUGGCAUUUGCAUUGCGUCGACUGCCGAUGCUGGAAUAACGAAGCUGCAUGCUGAGGUAGAGGAUCAAAUUGCCCGCUUCGUGGGGAAAGAAUCUGCAAUGGUGUUCUCCAUGGGUUUUGUGACAAAUGCAACUAUAUUCCCAGCUCUCAUGGAAAAGGGAUGUCUGAUCCUGUCCGACGAGCUCAACCAUGCAUCUAUCCGAUUUGGCGCCCGUCUGUCUGGCGCGGCCAUCCAGGUCUUCGCGCACAACAACAUGGCUGACCUUGAAAAGCGUCUAAGAGAAGCAAUUUCUCAAGGCCAGCCUCGCACGCAUAGGCCAUGGAAGAAGAUUCUUGUCACUGUGGAAGGCCUGUUCUCCAUGGAAGGAACCAUGUGCAAUCUUCCCAGGAUUCUGGAUCUGAAGAAGAAGUACAAAUUCAACCUAUUUGUCGACGAGGCACACUCCAUCGGAGCUGUUGGACGUCACGGGCGCGGAGUUUGUGACUACUUCAAAGUCGAUCCUUCGGAAGUCGAGAUUCUCAUGGGAACAUUUACCAAGUCUUUCGGAGCCAAUGGUGGCUAUAUCGCUGCAGACAAGGCCAUUAUUGACAAGCUGCGCUGCACCAACGCCGGCCAAAUAUUCGGCGAGGUGCCGUCCCUUCCUGUCCUGGCUCAGAUCUACUCCUCGCUUCGCCUCAUUGCUGAUGAGGAUCCUCUCCACCCUGGCGAGGGACGGGAGCGAAUGCAGCGACUUGCCUUCAAUUCGCGCUACCUCCGACUAGGAUUGAAAAGACUUGGUUUUAUUGUCUAUGGACACGAUGACUCCCCCAUUGUUCCCUUGAUGCUGUAUAACCCUGCUAAAAUGCCGGCAUUCUCGCGGGAAAUGCUACGACGCAAGAUCUCUGUUGUUGUUGUGACUUACCCAGCCACGCCCCUGGAGCUCUCUCGGGCGCGACUCUGCAUCUCGGCCUCCCAUACCAAAGAGGAUCUCGAUCGCAUCCUGCAGGCGUGCGAUGAGAUCGGUGAUGCUUUGCGGCUCAAGUUCUCCUCAGGAAUUGCAGGUGGCCUGAGGGAUCCAUUGUUCAUCGACGACAGCUCAAAGGGGCCCAAAACGAUAGAGCCCCCUCGUUGGACUCUCGAGGAAGUCAUUGCGAGGGGCACACAGGACGCGAAUCUGCCUCUAUACUGAACGAGCAGUAUCCGUAUAAUGUGAAUAAGAUAGGAUAUAUAACGCCGCGAUGUCUUGAAACCAUACACGCCAAGAACAUAGCUAAUGCCCCUUUUUUGGUUCGAGUCGUUACAUUUAUUUGUCUGCAUAAGCGGACGGCGUGAUGAGGGAAUGCCCCGUUGCAUUGUGAUUAUAUCAAUAUUAAUGUAUACAAUAAUCUUUCUUUCUAGACAAUAUACACUCGUCUCAGUGGACCCGGAGAUCUUG